UACAUUAACAAACGAAAUUAUUUGAUUUGGUUAUAAACUCUCUCUCUAGCUCUCUAAUUUUCUGGGGGAAGUUUUCUCGGGAAUCAUACAGGGAAGAAGAGUAUCUGAAGCUAUUCGUUCAUCCUGCUGCAGGAGCUACUAGCUCCGAUUGAUCGAUCCCAGAGUAUGAGGCUUCCUUCCCCUAGUCCCGUUGAGCCGAGGCACCGACUAUCAAGUCAAACCGAUGAGACGAGCAAGAGGAGAUCGCUGAGAAAUCGAGAUGCUAAAGAUCUCGACAAGGGAGGAUUACACGGCUCCUUUCAGUAUAGAAACUGGACUGGCAAAUUCUCUACGCUGAAAGUUGUGUUGAUUCUCAUUGUCCUCGGAACCGUGUAUACUCUCUACCGUUCACCAGCAGUACACAUCGCUGAUCAUCCCUCCAAUAAUAACUCUAGAUGGAUGAUGGAGUCAAGUGCUCUUGAUCCUCGCUAUGUAUCUUCAGCUGAGAUAAACUGGGACCAUAUGUCAGACGUUGUGGAGAAGCUGACUGGGAAGAGCGGGUAUCAAGGGGUUGGCUUUAUAAAUCUUAACGAUGAUGAGAUUGCUCAGUGGAAGGAUCUGAUACCUGACUGUGACCAUGUUGCACUUCACCUGGGACAUAUGAAAAGUAACAUAACUUGGGAAUCUUUAUACCCUGAAUGGAUCGAUGAAGAGGAGCAGUUCGAAGUCCCCACUUGCCCUUCCCUUCCUUGGAUUCAAGUUCCUGGCAAGCCUCGGCUUGAUCUUGUUGUCGUCAAGCUUCCGUGCAACAAAGCAGGAAAGUGGUCGAGGGAUGUUGUUAGACUGCACUUGCAACUUGCAGCAGCUCGGGUGGCUGCAUCCUCUAAAGGCCUUCACGAUGUGCAUGUGCUUUUUAUUACUGAUUGCUUUCCCAUUCCUAAUCUUUUUAUUGGAAAGGAGCUUGUUUCCCGUCAAGGGAACCUAUGGCUCUUCAAGCCCAACCUUCACCAGCUGAGGCAAAAGGUGCAGCUGCCUAUUGGUUCCUGUGAACUUACAGUUCCUCUUAAAGCUAAAGAUACUUUCUACUCAGCAAGUGCAAAGAGAGAAGCAUAUGCCACUAUAUUGCACUCUGCUAAUUUUUAUGUGUGUGGAGCCAUAACAGCAGCACAGAGCAUUCGCAUGGCUGGCUCUACGCGAGACCUGGUGAUACUUGUUGAUGACUCGAUAACUGAGCACCAUAGAAGUGGCCUGGCUGCGGCUGGAUGGAAGAUUUAUUCUAUUCAAAGGAUACGGAAUCCGAAAGCUGAAGCAGAAGCAUAUAACGAAUGGAACUACAGCAAGUUUCGUCUUUGGCAAUUGACUGAGUACGACAAGAUCAUCUUCAUUGAUGCUGAUAUGCUUAUCCUCAGGAACAUUGACUUCCUCUUUGAGAUGCCUGAGAUAUCUGCCACCGGAAACAACGCCACCCUCUUCAACUCCGGUGUGAUGGUGGUUGAGCCAUCAAACUCCACAUUCCAGCUGCUUAUGGAUCACAUCAAUGAGAUCGUGUCGUACAAUGGAGGAGACCAAGGAUACCUUAACGAAGUCUACACGUGGUGGCAUCGGAUCCCGAAACACAUGAACUUUCUGAAGCAUUUCUGGGAAGGUGAUGAGCCUGAGAUAAAGCAGAUGAAGACGCGUCUCUUUGGAACCGACCCUCCUAUUCUCUACGUCCUCCAUUACCUUGGUAACAAACCUUGGUUAUGCUUCAGAGACUAUGACUGCAACUGGAAUGUCGACAUUCUGCAGGAGUUUGCAAGCGAUGUAGCUCACAAAACCUGGUGGAGAGUGCACGACGCCAUGCCUGAGAACUUGCAGAAAUUCUGUCUGCUGAGAUCGAAACAGAAGGCGCAACUGGAAUGGGACAGGAUGCAAGCUGAGAAAGGAAACUACACAGAUGGACAUUGGAAGAUUAAGAUCAAAGACAAGCGACUAGAGACUUGUUAUGAAGACUUCUGCUACUGGGAGAGUAUGCUUUGGCACUGGGGUGACAAGAACUGGACUGACAAUUCUACUAACUCUUUAUCACCGCCACCAGCACUUAAAACUCCUCUUUCUUCACUGUAAGCUUUGUUAUUUCUUUACCGUAUAGUAUUACUUUUCUGGGUAUACAACAGGCUUAGUUCCUUUAUAGAUGUCGAAUUCCAUACCUUUGAUGAACCCAGUGAAUGAAUCUGAUGUUGUGCACUGAAGUUCAUGCUUUAAAACAUCAGGAGAAUCCAUUACAAUGUCAAUGAGGAACCUUUUUCAUAAAA